AUGAGCGGAAUAUCCAACGUCGGUCAAGCUUCGGUCUACGAGGACGGAGACCAGAAGAACGUCCCCAAGUCCCAGAUCGAGCAGGAGAAAAAGGACAACAGAUUCCACGAAGGAAAGGAGAAUAGCCACAAGGCCCUCGACUCCAAGGACGAGAGAUCUAUUGCCAAUAAGCUCGCCCGCGAGGAGAAGGUUGGUCAGCCCAGCCCCAGAGAUCGAUGGCACCGGAAAAAGCAAGUGGACGGAGAUGCUAACGACAUGCAGCGCCAGGCUGAAGAGGAAGAGGAGUCUGAGGAGACCAAGGCAUUGAAGAAGGACCCCACACUGCCCGCCAAGAUGCACGGCAACGAGCCUAGCAAAGGUGCAAAGAUCGACGCACAAAUCCAAAAGGAAGAGGAAGAGGAGCUGAAGAGAAAGGGCAAGGCUUAA